UAUCGCCCGGCUGCGCCCAGCUCCGGUCCCUCCCCACGCCCGGGCCGUGCCUCAGUUUCCCCCCGUGGAGGUAUCCGCUGCAUGGAGGAAGCCGCUCACUGCAGCCCCAGCCUGCCCCGUCCCCUGCCCUGAGGCCACCGUGGCCAUCUGGGAGCAGUGGCAGGGUGACAGUUCCGUCCCUGCUGUCACCGAGUGCCAGUUUUGACAGUGCCAUCACCACCCAACAGCACCCGCAGCUGGCAGUCCUGGCACUGAGACGCCAGGCCUCUGGGUGACACGGGAUGAGUGUGCCAGCCGAGGAGCCGGGCAACCCUGCCCAUGCCAUCUUUGAGAGGUUCCUGCGAGCCGGGCAGUGCCAGGAGGUGCUGGGCUCCUUCCUGGAGCUGUGCCAGCAGCUGGGCGUGCAGGGCACGGGGCUGCAGCUCUACCACGGCCUCAAGGCUGCCCUCAACUACUGGAAUGCCAAGGCCCUGUGGAGCAAGCUGGAUAAGAAAGCUGGGCACAAGGACUACGACCAGGGCACAGCCUGUGCUGGCACCAAGUGCCUGGUGGUGGGCGCUGGCCCCUGCGGGCUGCGGGCAGCCAUCGAGCUGGCUCUGCUGGGAGCCCGCGUGGUGCUGCUGGAGAAGCGCGACUCCUUCUCCCGCAACAACGUCCUGCACCUCUGGCCCUUCACCAUCCACGACCUGCGCGCGCUCGGCGCCAAGAAGUUCUACGGGCGCUUCUGCACGGGCACGCUGGACCACAUCAGUAUCCGGCAGCUGCAGCUGAUCCUGCUCAAGGUGGCUUUGCUGCUGGGGGUGGAGGUGCACAUCAAUGUGCGGUUUGAGGACCUCGUUCCCCCCAAGGGAAAGGCAGGUGGCUGGCAGGCCGUGCUGCAGCCCAGCUCCUCUCCCCUCAGCCACUACGAGUUCGACGUCCUCAUCUCAGCUGGCGGCGGCAAAUUUGUCCCUGAAGGGUUCAAGAGGAAGGAGACGCGUGGGAAGUUGGCCAUUGGCAUCACCACCAACUUCAUCAACCGGCACAGCCGGGCCGAGGUGGAGGUGGCUGAGAUCAGCGGCGUGGCCCGAAUCUACAACCAGAAGUUCUUCCAGAACCUCUACAACAAAACGGGCAUUGACCUGGAGAACAUCGUGUACUACAAGGAUGACACUCACUAUUUCGUCAUGACGGCCAAGAAGCAGAGCCUGCUCACAAAGGGGGUCAUCCUUCAGGACAAAGCGGACAUCGAGAGCCUCCUGGCCCCAGACAACGUGAACAGGGAUGCCCUCCUUAGCUAUGCCAGAGAAGCCGCCAACUUCUCCACCAACUACUGCCUGCCCGAACUGGAGUUUGCCCUCAACCACCGGGACCUGCCGGACGUUGACAUGUUCGACUUCACGUGCAUGACGCGCUCGGAGAACGCGGCGCUGGUGCGGGAGCACAACGGGAGCCGAGUGCUCCUGGGGCUGGUGGGCGACUGCCUGGUGGAGCCCUUCUGGCCGCUGGGCACCGGCGUGGCCAGGGGUUUCCUCGCUGCCUUUGACGCAGCGUGGAUGGUGCGGCGCUGGGCGGCAGGGACACCCCCGCUGGAGGUGCUGGCUGAGAGGGAGAGCAUCUACCAGCGCCUCUCGCAGACAUCCCCGGACAACACCCACAAGAACGUCACUCAGUACAGCAUCGACCCGGCCACGCGCUACCCCAACAUCAACCUGCAGGCCAUCAAAGCCAGCCAGGUCAAGGACCUCUACCUGGUGGGCAUGGUGGAGGUGGACCACCAUGGGAAGAGGAAGAGCGACGCCCGGCUCAGCACCGUGGCCCCUGGAGCUGUGUGUGAAGAGCUGCUGAGCUGGUGCCAGGCCAGCACGGCUGGAUACCCCGGCGUGGCCGUGACCAACUUCAGCACCUCCUGGACCAGUGGCUUGGCCCUCUGUGCCCUCAUCCACCGCUUCCGCCCCGACCUGGUGGACUUUGACUCCGUGGACCCCCAGGAUGCCAUUCAGACCCACCAGAUGUUGCUGGACGUAGCAGAGCAGGAGCUGGGCAUCCAGCCCGUCCUCUCCAGUGCUGAGAUGGCCACCCUGACAGAGCCUGACUGCCUGGACCUCAUCACCUACCUCAGCCACUUCUACCAAAUUUUUGGGACCUCUCCAGAGGCAGAGGUCAGCAAGAAGCCACUGUCUCCCCCUGGCACACGAGGGGCCAUCCUCUUCCUCAGCAAGCUGCAGAAGAGCCGGAACCUGGCACACAAACGUAGCCAGGACGGUGCCCAGAAGGACGGCGAGGCCAAGAGGAGCCGCAGGGACGCUGAGCUGGACACGGGGCUGGAUGGAGACACUCCGGACAGUGCCCACGAGCUGCCACGCGCCACCGGCACGGAGCCAGGGCAGCCGCCGAGGGACAGGGCAGGGGAGAACAGCGACGCCUGCUACUUCUGCGGGCGCCGUGUGUACAUCGUGGAGCGAGCCAGCGCCGAGGGACGCUUCUUCCACCGCGGCUGCUUCCAGUGCCGGCGCUGCGGGGCCACGCUGCGCCUGGGCGACUACGCCUUCGACGAGGAGGAUGGUAAUUUCUACUGCUCGCUGCACUACCCACACCCAGCCAGCGUGGACCUGCCCCGGGAUGAGGCUUCGGCGCUGCCCGAUGGGGAUGCUGAUGCUGCUGCCCACGCGCCCUCAGAUGCUGGAAUGUCGUGUGUGUCCCCCAUGGAGUGGGCACCCAGCCCGCUGCAGCCCAUUCCAGCAGCCCCACGGGCAGGGGAAGAGCCUGGGGACGCUGAGGACGCUGCAGGUGCUGGUGACACGCAGGAGGAGCAGGAGCUACUGGCACAGCCCGGGGAGGGUGUGAGGGAACAGGAGGUUCCCAGAGCGGAGCCCCAAGGGGCAGCAGAGGAGGGUGAGGAGACUGGGGGCAGGAGGAAGAUCAUCCUCACACCGCUGGAGAAGCUCAGUCUGUCCACGCUGAACCUCACCAGUGAAGCUGAGCCCGAGCCUCCGCUGAAGCCAGCCCGUCUGAGGCUCCCAGCAGCACCCCAGGCCCUCCCUGCCCUGCGGCAGGGACAAGGCGCCUGGAAGGAGGAGGAGGAGGAGGAGGAGAAAAUUGGCAUGGAGAAAGGUUUGGAGGACAGUGACAGCGAGGAGGGGGAGGAAGAGGAGGAGGAGAAAGAGGAGGAGGAGAAAGGCCUUGGCAUUGUGAAAGAGUUGUACCCAGACCCCCGGGAAGAGGAGAAAUUCCCCACCUGGAAGCGCACCUUGGCCCGGCGGACUAGGGAGUCCCAGAUGAAGAGGUUCUGCAGAGCCCAGGCCAUCCAGAGGCGUCUGGAGGAGAUCGAGGUGACGUUCCGGGAGCUGGAGCAGCAGGGCACCAAGCUGGAGAAGCUGCUCCGGGAUGAGAAUGACAGCCUGGCUGACCAGCACACACAGUGGACAAACCAGCUGCUGUACCUGGUGCAGAAGAAGAACAACCUGAUGAGCGAGGAGUCGGACCUCAUGAUCGCGGUGCAGGAGCUGAAGCUGGAGGAGCAGCAGUGCCAGCUUGACGAGAAGCUCCGGAGCUACAUGAACAAGGAGGAUGCCCUGAAGACGCCUGAGGAUGAGAAGGCUGAGCAGGAGAUCCUGAAGCAGCUGGUGGAGGUGGUGAACAAGCGGAACAUCCUCAUCCAGCUGCAGGAGGAGAAGCGGCUCAGCGAGCUCCGCGCUUGACCCGCACGGCCCCGGGGCCACCAGUGCUCCCUGGGGACCAGCAGAGUGUGAGUGAGUGAGUCCUGGGCUGGGCACCACCCUGAGCUACCUCUGGAGGUGGCGAUGCCCCAGGUGCCAGCAGCUGCCACAGCAAAUCCAGCUCCCUGCUUGCCAAAGUCUGUCACAGAGGGACCAGAGCCGCUGGAGGACGCCCAUGUGAGGAGACACCGAGCAGCACUCGGCCCUGGGGUGCUGAGAGGGUGUUCCUGUGCAUGGCUGGAGUGCCUUUGCCUUGUGCUGGCUGGAAAACUCCCAGGGGACUGCAAAAGGGGGCUGUGGUGGCUCCCAGCAGCAAGGAGGUGACUGGCCACCCGAGACAGAUGCCACAUGGGCACCUUCAAGAAUGGUCCCUCAAAGCCACCCUGGGACAUCCUUCCCAGCUGAGGGCAUCCAUCCCAGUCUGGACUGUGCAUCUCAAGGGACAUCUGCCUGUACAAGCUGGGACCAGUGACAGACAGACUGGGCUGCUCUGCACCACUGCUUUUGGAUGCCACGUCCACGCGGCCCCCAGCUGCUGCAGGAAACCAAGGUCAGAACUCUACCAUGAGCCCCCUG